AAUGAGUUGAAAAAAAACAUUUGUUCGAAUGUCGGGUGACGCAAAAUCACCUCUUACCGAAUAAAGACUGAAUUUGUCGUCAUAUAAACAACGAUUAACAGAUCUUAAUUGGAAUUACGGACGUCCCGUUAAGGAUAAACUACGCAGGGGAAUUUGCAACUGCGGUUUAGUUCGUCGCUUGAGGAUUUUUUCGAAAUAAAACACUGAUUUGAUCAAAAUCAGCUGAUGGGAGGCUGAACUGUUGAACUUUCAGUUUUGUCGGUAGGCGGUGAAAUAGGCGCGGGUGGCUUUGAUCACAUAUAAUGUUUCGUAAUUUUUCGCGUUUUCGAGGUUUCGGAGUCAGGAAUUAUGUCAGUUAUGUUCAGGGACAGUCGCCGAAGCACGGGAUUCGAGAGUAUUUUUAUUAUGUUGAUCAUCAGGGAAUGCUAUUCCUCGAUGAUGCUAGGAUGAAAAACUUUACAUCCUGUUUCAAAGAGAAAAAGUUCCUGGCAUUUUUCUUCAGACGACUGAAGCGAAACGAUACCGAUCGAUAUACUGAGGACUUUCCAUACCUGUCGCUGUGUGGAAGGGAAAGGAAUUUCGUACGCUGCGAUGAUUUGCCCAUAGUCUUCACCCACGUGUUACAGAGUCCAGAACACCUGGAUUUAUUUAGCUAUGCUCAUGCUGGCGAUUUACUUGUCGUACCUUUCCAACCGGAUAAGAUCUUUAUGAGCACAAAUUCCGGUCGAGUUUAUCACCCAGCUCCAGAGGCAACAGGUGGUAUUGGCCUAGUUCGCUCCAAACUUGCCAUUGAAUUCAGCAGCUCUUUCGAAUUCCUAAAGGGAGAAGAAAGUGAUCCAACGCACUUCACGUGGAAGGGAACACGAUACACCCUGGAUACCGCAUGGUAUCGGGAUAAAAUAUCAAGAGGAGAACGCACGUCGCAGCUUUAAUAAAAACAAAUAGAUUUUAAUUGUAUAUAGUCAAUGGGGGAUACAAUAUAUUCUUUGAUAUAUUUUUGUAACAGAAUGUUGUUUUUUGAAUUUGAGCUAUUGAGACCUUCACGAUCGUCCAAGUUAAUAUUCGGAGAUAUCAAAUAUCCGUGCAGUUGAGUCAUCUGAAGUCGUCAAAAUUCUGCAUCCAUCCCUGGAACAAAAAAACAAGUUUUAGUUUUUUUCGAAUGAGUUUCGACAUGGAAUUUUCUGAAUAAAAAGAUGAUGAAUUGUAUACGUCGGGUAAAAUCUAUUUUUUUUUGAGAAUUUUUUUGAGUUCAAUAAAACAAUAAAAUUCGCUAAUGAAA